AUGAGGGGCGAGGGAAAGCGGAGCGCAAACCGUCACGGCGGGGGCGUUCGUCGGAGCGUCAUUCUGUCACGUCAUUCACGUCAAAUGCCAAGCGAGCCGUUUGAAUUAGCCGCGCUAACGAGCGCCAGGUGCCGCGGGGCCGCGCGCAGCCGCGCCUCGUCGGGAGCUCGGGGGCGGGGCCCGCCGCAAAGCCUCUUAAGCUCCGCCGGAGGCGGCUGGGAUUCACGAGGAGCUUCGCGGAGAUCCUCGGCUGCGGGAGCCGGAGCGAGAGCGGGAGCGAGUGCAGGUUGCAGAGAGACCGCGCGCAUUAAGGAUCAGCCCGACCCGGUGAACGGUUCCGGAGGCGGAGCGAGGGCCGCGGCGGAGCCUCUCGUCGGCCCGACCCGGCGGGCGUUCGGGGUCCCAGGUAAGCGCUCUGUGCUCGGGAUUUGCGCAGUGCCGCUGCUCGGCUACCUCAAUUUCUUAGGCUCGCCACGUUGCCGUUGCCGGGCUCUCGCACAGCUUUUUAGAAGGAUCGGCACGGGGCCGCCGCGGUCCUCAAGAAGAGUUUCGAGGGCGCUUCAGCACGUCCCGCAUCCAGCAGUGGCAGCGAGUAGGACGGGACCGACAGACAGAUCGGCGCGGCGGCCGCGUCGCGGUACACGCGAGGAAGCUGAACGGUCCGAGCUGCGCCCGGGGGCGAACGGAGGAGCGGAGCGCUCGAGGGCGGCUAAUGCGGAAAACGUCCCACGGGCGUCCCUUACAGAGUGGGACGAGAAAGUCGGUCGAGAAAGACGGGAAGUUUGUGGAGUCUGGCAGAGAGCGGUGAAGACGAUAGGGGACCGGGAGCGUCUCCUUUCUGAGGAACGGAUGAGAGACCAGCGACUGCCCAGUGUCCUCCCAGAGUAUGAUGAUCUCUGGAGAGCCCUUCUCAAUCCUACAGGUCUGGUUCUGAUCUUGCUGCAGGGCGAGGGCAGCAGUGAAGCCUUUUUUUGCUGAGGAUUGGCCAGAAUGUGUGAGUGGUUUCAUCAGUGGUGGGAUGAAGGACGUAAGCCCUUAGACCUGAGGGCUGCCUGUUUUGGUGUGGGGCCUCCCGUCGGGGUGGCCCCUUGGUGCUCUUCCUGUAUGUUUAGGGCUGGAGAAGGAUGCCAUUUGGACUGAGGUGAGUUGUAUCCUUUAAUGUCUGACCUGUAUUCCUGGGAUGGAAUGUAUAGCUAGGACUGGGUGCUGGGAUACAGAAGUCCCUUCUGUUUGUGUCCUCACUUGAGGUGAAGCUUCACUGUGCUUUCCUUUCAGCCUGAGGGUGUGUGGCAGGUCCUUUCCUGGAGGGAUGGAAUUGAUGGAGUGAGAGGUCCUGGUGCAGCUGGUGUUCUAAGGGGUACUCAACAUCUUUGGGAGCUGGGCUCUUCUGAGGUGGAAGUCAUGAUCUGAGAGGUAAGCACUGGGUGUUGCUGUGUGCCCUGUAGGUUGUGUGUUAGCUGUGGCAGACUCCCCCUGACUCAAUGCCUUGAGUGCUGAUACAAGUUGUGGUUUCUCUGGAGGUAGAGAUUGUAAUUUUGUAUGAGUUUGGUUUAUUGGCUGGUGAGGUUAAGGUGGGCUUGAGUUACUUGGUUUGUUUGCUUUUUUUGUGGAGGUACAACUUGGGUGGCAAUGGUGUAGCUGGGUACUGUUGGUAGGGCUUUGUUUGGCUAUUUUUUUGGGUGCUGGAGGCCAGGGUUUGCACUAUCUCAAAGAGAUUAUUUUUUUUGGGUGGGGGUGGGAAGCACUGGUCGGCAUUGGAAAUUUUUUUGAGAGGGGAGCCCUGCUGGGCCAUGGGAGGCUCCCCUGAGUGGGAGAGCCCCCCUGGCUGGUGGGCCUCCCCCUGAG